AUGUCGCUUCUACCAGGCUACUUACUCCUCCUCGUCGCGGAGCAGGCGGGCUUCUCAGAGAUCCAAGCCCUCCGGGCAACCUGCAAGUUCAACCGCUCCCUGCUGGACAGAAAUGAGCACAGCGUAACAAAAGCAAACACAUCCCGCUACCCAUAUGCCCCUUGCAACCACAUCCUCGCCUCCGACACCCGCGAGCGCGAGGUCCUCCCCCUAGACACCUUCGACACCAUCCGCGAGCUCCAGACCCGCCAACGCAACAUAGACGAGCUCGUCAAUGGCAACUUUCUCGACUUCUGGGACGAGUACGACCUCGACUACCCCUCAAAGGCCGACUUCAUCCGCGGCUCUCUCAGAAAUGCGCUGUGGCGCUGCUCGGAGAUGGCCGACCUCGAGACGCAUUCGAUCAAGUACAGAGACGACGUCGUGCCGAGAAGAGACCCCUGCGUCAAGUCGCUCAUCCACCAGGACCUCAUCCUCCGGGACGCGCCGCCGCCAGACGGGUGGCACCUCGCGCUGAAGGAGGUCCACGACUCGAACCGGCAGGACGUGCGGCUCCGACAGAUCGCACAUAUACGGGAGUGCCUCGGGGCGUCGGACCUCGCGGGCAUACUCGUCCUCGCCCACCUGACGAGCCAGGGGUACAUGCGGUACCGGGCGCCAACCUCGGCCCGGUCAAGGCCCGAGAUCGUCGAGAUGGGCGUGUGCAUGGCGGAGAACGUCCUUCGGCACGGGGUCUUCUUCCUCCACGCCAAGAUCAAGGGCGGGGAGGACGCCCACGACCACGCCAAGCUGCUCCUCGACGAUACCUACGAGGAGAUGCGCAGGUGGGAGACCGGGGAUCCUAGCGUGAUGGCCGGUCUUACCAUGACCGUCGUCGCCAGGUUCUGCGAGGUGGUCGGGUGCGAGCGCAAGGAUUACCUGACGGCGGCGUGCACGUUGGUCAGAGGGGACGUGUGGAAGAAGGAAGAGGACGAAGGGGAGGGUGAGGAUGAUGAGCGGGAAAAGGAAGAUGGUUUGCCUGACGGCGAGGGCGCGGGUUUUGGCGAGAUGGCGUAG